AUGAAAAAUGUCAUGAUCGAACUCCCUAACUCUACAAACAAGGAAAAGGGUGCUGCUGGUAUCUUAUCUAAUCUAUCUACACAAAUACCUAUUCCUACGUCUUCGCCCACUAUGACCCUUGACCUCACUACCCUAGACGCCCAUGAGCAACCAGAUGGAGAGCUCAAGGCUACGUGGAAAAGAUAUUCGAGGACUGACCAUGAGGAAUUCACGAGUCAUCCGGACAUAGAUGAGCUAGACCCCCCGAACACUGUGGGCGCAUUCAAGCUAGCAGGGCAUAUCCCAAGUGAAAAUCUCACGGCUUCUUUUAAGCAACUCGAAGGUAGUGACUGGGAUGGAAGCCAAAGCGUUGAAGAUGCUCCUUUCUAUUUUCAUCCUUUACUCCCAGAAGAACAAGAUAAGGCGGAUGUUGAUUCCCGGUCUUUCUUCUCUUACUCUCCAGAAGCAUCUGCGAAGUUUCUGCCCAAAGACCCGACCGUUCACAAGUCGCUGUCUAUCAAGCAAGUCCUUGAACGGCGGUUAUCUUGGGUCACUCUCGGGGGGCAAUACGAUUGGUCCAAUCGAGAAUAUCCUAAUCAAGCUCCUCCUGAUUUUCCUCAUGAUAUUGCCAACUUCCUUCAGACCCUCUUCCCGGAUACUGCUGCUCAGGCCGCUAUUGUCAACUUUUAUAGCCCAGGGGACACGAUGAUGAUGCAUCGAGAUGUUAGUGAGGAAUCAGACAAGGGUCUUGUAAGUCUCAGCAUAGGUUGUGAUGCAUUAUUUAUGGUCGCGCCAAAUGGCUAUAAACACAUAUCGGCCGGUAAAGAAGCUUCCGAGAAGCCAUACCUUCUUCUGCGACUACGAUCCGGAGAUGCCAUUUACAUGACCCAAGAAUCCCGAUAUGCUUGGCAUGGCGUACCAAAGGUUCUUAAAGGCACCUGUCCAGAUUUCCUAGCCGAUUGGCCGGCCGAAGGCGACAAGUUUCAGGAAUGGAAAGGAUGGAUGCGGAAUAAGCGCAUUAACUUGAACGUCAGACAGAUGAAAGACUGA